CAAGUUCAUUAUUGUCAUUUGGAAUAAGUGUUCUCCGGGCUAUUCCGCAUUUUCGACUGAAUUGCGUUAGAUUUAUCUUUUUAUUGUGAUACAAAUGCUUCGUGUUGUUCAAAAGUAGUAGUUUAAUUUAUCGUGUGGAAAUGAAGCUUUGGCAUCAUUGUUUGAUGGGGGAAUUAACAGAAAGUUUGAUCGCUCUAACGUCUCAGGGUCAACGUUUAUGCAAGAAAUUGAUAAUGUAAACAGAUCGAUGCGACUUAGCCAUAUUACCGGUCAAAUUUAGAAGAAAUCAUGAAGUAAUGUUGGAUCAUCAUUGACAUAUCUAUUGAAACCUGUAAAAUGAGAUUUACUCAUCACCUCUCCAUUUACCUUCAAGCAACAGAUCACUGAAAUAUGCCUGAAGUGGAGAGAGGCUCAGAUUCAAACGAUGAGAUGAAACUGUUGGAAAGCUUUUCUCUAGUACCUCUAGCUUUGCUGGAAUAUAGGUCUAACUAUACCGAAACUGAUGCAACAAGUAAUGAUGAUGGCUGUUCAUCUAUAUGUCGUUGCUUGGUACCAGAAAUGUGCAGCCAUUUGCACCAAUCCCCUGGAAAAAUUUGGCCUGUUGCAACAAAUGAAAAACUGGUUUCUUGUCUUCAUCAAAUACCAACUAAUAAUCCAUCAGUUGUGCAGACUAUGGAUGUAACUAUGGAAUUGGAAAAGAAUGUCUCUUCAAUGGUUUCUACAACAUUAUUAAACACAGAUAAAACACCACCACAAGGUGGGAAACCAAGUAAAUGCAAACUUUGUCCAAGAGUAUUAUAUUUUAAUACAUACACCCACACUAGGAGUAAAACAAAAUCUGACAUUAUUCCUGUAAUAGAGCCUACUGAUUGUUGCAUUCAUUGUAGACAAGAAUUGAGUAUGAAAAGCAUGAAAUCUGCUGUUUUUUGUCUAAAAACUGGGAAUGUUUUGAUUACCUGUUGUUACUGUUCUGCCAUUAUGAGUAUAAAAGGCGCUCUUAAACUUCCUAAACAUAUAUAAUAUAUGUGGCGACCUUUGUUUUUUUUUUUAUUAUU